AUGGUGUCUCCAGAGAAGAAGAGGAAGAAUAAGAUGGAGGAGCCGUCGCCGAGGCUACAGAUAUUCUCCCAAAAUCCGUCACUUCCCCAUGAUCUGCUAAUGACGUGCAUGGCACGCGUGUCAAGAUUGUACUAUCCGACUCUCUCCCUCGUCUCCAAGAGCUUUCGAUCUUUACUUGCUUCACCGGAUCUUAACAAGGCCCGGUCAUUGUUGAGAAACACCGAACGUUGUCUCUAUGUGUGCUUACAGUACUCUCGUUAUAAUUCUGAAUCAUGUCGCUUGUACACCCUCUGCCGAAAACCUGACCAAACCCUAGCCAUUAAGGAGAAAAAGAAUAAGAAGUCAAGUGGGUAUGUUUUUGCUAGAGUCCCAAUGCACCUCCCUCGUGAUGUGGGGUCACCGGUUCUUGUAGCGGUUGGUUCUAGUAUCUACAACAUCGGAUUCAUCUGCGACACUGCGCCAGUUUCUUCUAAUGUAUCGAUUCUUGAUUGUCGGUUUCACACUUGGCACGAGACCAAAAUCAAGCGUGUGGAGAGAACUUCACUUUCUGCUAGCGUUAUUGAUCAAAAGAUAUAUGUAGCAGGAAACUAUGGAGAUUGCUUGGUGGACAUGUACAAGGUGUUUGACACAGAAACACAUGUUUGGAAUCCGCUGCCCACCCACCCUUGCGGCAAGACAGGAUUCAGGGUUUUAGCAUCCAAAACCGAAUGUUUUGACGGUAAUUUUCACGUGAAUACUUACGAUGGAGUGUGUUGUUACAAUCCCAAGGAAGGUAGAUGGGACAAGGCUAAACCAGGAAUCAGUCGGGCUUAUUUUUCUGAACCUUCUUGCAAGAUAGAUAAUGUUAUGUUCAUGGUAAGCAACGGAGGGAUCAUGUGGUUUGACACUAACGUAAGUAAGUGGAUAAAUCUGAAGGGUUUGGUAGGAUUACCUAGGUUGCCUCUUCGUGCAUCUGUUAGAAUGGUUAAUUAUGGUGGUAAUAUUGUGGUUUUAUGGGAAGAGAGUCUGCCCUCUAGUGUUGAGAAGAAGAUUUGGUGUGGGGAGAUUUCGUUUGAAAUGCGCGAAAAUGGUGAAUUUGGGGGGGAAAGUUGA